GCCAGAAAUAGGUCACCUGUGCGAAGAACAAGGUCACAUGUUCAGAGAAAAAGGUCGCCUGUUCAAAGAAAUAGGUUGCCUGUUCAAAGAAAUAGGUCACCUGUUCAAAGAAAUAGGUCGCCUGUUCAAAGAAAUAGGUCACCUGUUCAAAGAGAUAGGUCACCUGUUCAAAGAGAUAGGUCACCUGUUCAAAGAAAUAAGUCGCCUGUUCAAAGAAAUAGGUCACCAGCUUAGAAUGACAGGACAAAGUCAAUAAUACAGAAAGGUCGUGAGUCAAAUGAAGAUCAGGUGUGGAGAAAAAAUAAUGAAAAUGGGUAUAGUGGGAGACAUAAAGACAGAGAGUUGCAGUAUGACGUUUUUGAAAUACGAAGGACAGACAGGGAGAGGAUUUGCGCACUGGGAGCCCCUGAAGUCUGGGGCAGAUCCCCAUCACCACAACACUCAGAAUCGGACGAUUCAGAAGACACUGAUGAAAGUGAGGAUGCCUCGGGGACAGAUUCCAGCUCAGAAGAAGAACGAAGAAAAAAGAAAAAGAAUAAGUCUUCAAAGAAAAAGAAGCACAAAAAGCACAGCAAAAAGGGAAAAAAGUCCAAGCACAUGUCUUAGAAGCGAAAGCAAAAAAAGAAGGUUGAGGAGUCUGAAACAGGGAGCGAAGAUUCGGAGGUCCAAGAAGACCAGUGGGUGGAGGUGGUGAAAAAACCCGAAGUCCCAAUACAGCAGAUGGCAGCAAACUUUGAUGACGACGUGGAAGAUGAGUUUGGUACAAAGCCUUUUGUUCCUACUGCACCUGGAUUGACCCAGAAAGAAUUCGGCCAAGCGCUGUUGCCUGGUGAAGGUGCGGCAAUGGCGGCCUACAUUGCAGAAGGCAAACGUAUCCCCCGCAGAGGAGAGAUCGGUCUCAGGCCUGACGAGAUUACGCAAUACGAGGACCAGGGAUUCAUGAUGAGCGGUAGCAGGCAUCGUCAAAUGGAGGCCGUGCGUCUGCGCAAGGAAAAUCAGAUCUACAGCGCGGACGAGAAGCGGGCUCUGGCAAACUUCAACCACGAGGAACGCACGAAACGCGAGACCAAGAUCCUCUCCCAACUGAGGGAGAUGGUCCGCAAGAAAAUGGACGCUCACAAAUGAGUGUUAGACAUGGGAGCCUGCUCUGAGGAAACGGGCUGUAUGCAUGUGCGUAAAGUGUCGUCCCAGAUAAGCCUGUGCAGUCCACACAGGCUAAUCAGAGACACACUUUCCACUUCUAUGGUAAUGUUUGUUUUAAGGAAGUCUAUAAUCUUUUCAAUUAUGCAGCUUAGUAGGAAAGUAUUGUCCCUGAUAAGCCAGUGCAGACGUCAUGAUGCGGAUAUGCGUUUUAUCCCGUUUUCCAAAAGCGAGGCUCCGUGGAAUUGUGGAAUUCAUGACUCAGGAUUGCGCUGUUCGACUGUUUGUAUGCAUUUAAGUUACCUAUAGGAGGGUAUAUGAUGGUGUAUUGAGGGUCAGAAAUAAGUAUUAAAUGUGGAAUUGUGGAGUUGUGACUCAAGAUUGAGCUUGUGAACUUUUUGUAUGCAUUAAAGAAGGGAUUUAGCUAGACAAAAAAAGGCAGGGCGGGAGCUUAAAUUGGCAAGGUGACCUCUUUAGUGUAAUUAUGCUCUUUCCAGGUAUGUACUUAUGUUCAAUCAUCCUUUCAGCAUAAUGCAAUCAGGUUUAUUUUUAUUAUUUAUUAAUAUAAUUUGAUAUAAAUAUCAAGUAAUACUGUUCAUGAAUGAAAUUCGGUGAAAUUCUCAUUAGCUGAUAAAAACAGGCGGGGUGUUCAAAAGGGGAAUAAAAUGUGUGUUAUUUGGACAUUAAAGAAAAGGGUGAGGGGUGGGGGGGGCAGCAUAUAUUUUAUCUGGGUGGGGCAUAACAUUGGAAGGGCAAGUAAGCCCUUAUAACAGUAAGGGGUACAAUAAUCGCAUGUGAAAGUGUUAUUCUUGUUUCUUCAAAUCCCUGUAUCAACACAAUAUCUGUUUGUUAAAGGUUUCAUAACUUAACCUUUGUCAAUGAACUUCUCAUCUAGUGGUGAUUUAAAAUUCUGUAUAAUUGAAGAAGUAUGGUAUGUAAAAAAGUAUUGAACAGAAAAGAGUACUAAUUAUCCAUAGUGCAAAUUUUAUUGGUUAACCUGUGUGACUCAAGUUAUUAUUUAGUGGUGUUUGAUCUGUAAUUAUUCCGUAUGGUCCAUAAACAUGCAUUAUCAAUAAAGUAUGUUUACCUUG